GCGGCGUCCUGUGGUAUUAAUCGGAAUUCUUAAGCGACGGGGGGACGUUCUGUCUAGGAGGGAUACUGACCAAGCGUCCUUUGAAGAUCUUUUCCAUAAAAGUAAAAUGUCACAGUCUAAGGAGCUUCAGUGCUACAAUCGUGGAUGUGGAAACAAAUAUAAUCCAGAAGAAAAUAAACAAGAUUCGUGCACAUUCCACCCUGGAGCGCCAUUCUUCCACGAUGCUUACAAAGGCUGGUCCUGCUGCAACAAGAAAACAGUUGACUUCACCGAGUUUCUCAACACAAAGGGGUGCACCAAAGGCUUCCACAGCGACGUGAAGCCGGUGGAGCCGGAGAAGCCCAAGAAGGAGUCGUCACCGCCCUCCGUCGGAGAGCAGAUCUUCUCCCCGCAGGCGCCCAACAGGAAGAUCGAGCCGCCCAAGCCGCGGCCAGCCGUUUGACACUCCGAUGGUACGCGUCCGGCGUGUAUGGAGGACCGCAGAAUCGGCGUGACGCGAGCUCGAGUGGCCGCUCGACUGGUGGAGAGACGGUGAAAGGUUUUCAACUUGUGACUUUUCGUAUAAUAUUUACUUACUGUUUGGCUAUAUUGUGUAUUACGAUGAAUGUGUUGCAUGCUCACGAUAGAAUAUCAUGUGAGAUAUAUUUUGCCCACCUGCUACAGGUACGCCUACAGCGCAGAAAGGUUUGCUGUGUAUCACAAAAUUUAAACUAAACUAAAUAGUUUUAUUCUAGCAAAACGUGAACCAUAUGUUCUA